AGUGAAACCUGCACAACAUUCCAUUCAACCGGAUAUUCGCGUCUUGUAAUAUUUAUCGCGAUUCUUCCUCGUCUUGUCAAAUUAUUGUUGUAAAAUUUUUCAUUCUUUUUGUGUUUUGUGUACGUCUUCAGUGUUUUUGUUUCGUUUGAUAAUUUCGGAAGCAACCGAAAUAUAAAAUCAUUUUUAUUUGAUAUCAAAUGUUAAACAGUGAAGUCAUAGAAGUUAUAAAAGUUUGACAAAUAAGAUGACGGAAACUCAAAAAAAUCUCAAAGGAAAAGUGAAGUCAGUUUGUCAAGAGUGGCUCGUUCGGGAAGACAAUGCUUUGGCUUAUCAAUUGCAGAAUCAAGAAAUAAACGAUCAUUACAAAGGAAAUCGUUAUCGAAAUCAAAUCGUACGACAAGACUUUCCAACUGCUUUAUCAGAGCAAAUUCGAGAAAAGGAAAAUGCGGAACGUCAAGCAAUGUUAUAUCAUCAGAUGGUGGAAGAACAAGAGCAAGCUGAUGCCAUUGUCGCUAGAGAGUAUGCGGAUCGAUUACGUCGUGAAGCUGAAAUAGAGAGAAAAAUUCAACAAGAAAAAAGUGAAAUGCUUGCAAGAAAAUUAAUUCAAAAACCGAAUCUUCAUGUGAAAGUGAAGACUGAGGAGCCGUCACUUCCAAUUCCACCAAGAACUCAAGCAAAGCCUUCAACAAGUAAUAAAUAUAUGUCACAUUCUCCCGACAUCUCUCCUCAACUUCAUUAUGCAUGUCUUGACUUGAUGCCACCAGAUCCUCAAAGAAAACUCGUUCCAGUAUCGCCAGAUAGAAAAUAUACGAAAAUUAGUUUACAAUCUCAUACACCGGAGAAAAUUGAAGAAAUUCCUCCACCUCCAAGACCAGCAAAAGGUGCGCAUUUAAGAAAACAACCUAAAGCACCUCAACAGCAAAUGCCUAGUGACACAAUUGACAGUAUCAGAAACUAUUCUGAUGUUGAUACAGCACUUGAUGAAGCUUUAGACAUGGAACUUGGUAAUCUUGAUAUUAACAAUCUUUAUAAACCAACACAGAAUGGUGCUGGCACCACACAAUUUAAUCCAAACAUUCAUCAACGUCAUCCACAUCAUCAAUUUCUUGAAGAUAGUCGAAAUAUUUUAAAGCAAUCUCCCGAAAAAAUAAGCACAAAGCAUGGUGUUAACAAGUAUUUACAUUAUGAUGAUGAUGAUGAGAUUGAAGAAGAAAAUGCAGUUGGUGGUGUGAUGAUGACAAAUGCACCGUCAACGUCAAAUGACCCUCAACCAUCAUCAUCAUCGUCAAACUACCGAGAGAAGAUUGAAAGACUUCAAGCUUUGAAAGUUUUAGGUUUGCCGCCUGAAGAAAUCCGUGAGAUUGAUAAAAGAAUAGAACAAGAAAAGAAAGAUGAAGAACUUGCAAGAAUGCUUCAAGACAGUGAAAAUAAAUUCGCUAAUCAAGAAGAAAUUGAUAGGAAAUAUGCAAUGGAAGCACAAGACAAAGAAUUGGCAAAAAUGUUGCAAGAGCGUGAAAAAGCUAAAGCGAAGCGCGCUAAAGAACGAGCAAGACAGAAGAAAGAAAUGUUGAGACAACAACAUCAAAUGGAGAAUGGCGAAUAUCGUGAAAUGUUUGAUGUUGAAGGCGGUGACUCAUAUUCGAAUCCUGUAGAUAUGCUUCAGACUGAUGUAAAUCGUAAACAUCAGAAGUCACCUGACAGUGGCCAUCAUCAGUAUUCCCAUCAGAAACAAAGCAGUUACAACUCUCAAAGUUCAGGUGGAAGUUAUCAUCAACAUCAUCAUAGUGACGAUUCUUAUUCAAAUCCAGUUGACAUGGUUCCGCCACCAUUACAUCAACGAUCUCCACCACAACGUCCCAGUCAUCUUGACAUUCGAGGACAGUUGAAUCGGCCACAACCACCAAGAGCUCAUUUGCCUGAUGAUCAUCAAAAUGUUGCUGCAAUGAUUGAUCCAACAUAUGCCACACCUUCUCCUCCAAGUACUUUGAAUUCAACUCCGUUAACUAACAAUUCCAUGACACCAGACAUUUUAGAACAUUAUGAUGAUAAUUCACCAUCAACCGCACCAUACAUGCCCAUUCAAGGCACAAGACGUACAUCAAACUCUAAUGAAAAGAAGAAGAAACAAAAGGAACGUUGUAAUCAACAGUAAUCAUCAUCCAUCCUGAUUAUCGGUUGUAAUUUAAUUUAUUUUUUUAUUUCCUUCAACACCCUUGAAAAUAAUUUAUCAAAUAUGACAAUAAGUUUGCAUUUAAAAAUAAUUUGAAUGUUUUAAAUCAGUUGUCAUAAGUCCGAUAUCCGAUAAUCAAAUGAAGUUAAAAUAUUUCGUAGCCAAGAAGACUUUUGAGAAGAUCUUGAAACAAGUUCUAAGUAGAUGAAAUUAAUUCCAGCUACUAACAAGUAGGAAGAGUUUUAAAAAGUGGCCAAAGAAUUUGUUGAACUUAGAACAAAAUAGUUUCAAGCUCUGUUUCAUACACAUAAAUGUUGAUAAUCAAAGUUAAAAGAUUUGAUAGUUUUAAACUCGAUAUAAGAGUUUUUAGAUUUGAUAUUUUUAUCCGAUGAUAUUUUUAAAUGAUUCAUUAACAGAUUUUAAUAAAGAUUUUAAAGAUUGCCCUUAA